GUGUAUAUUUAUUAUAAUUUAUAAGCUCAUUUAGUAACAUGCAGUUCCUUCUCUUUGUUUUUCAUUCAACUUGACACGGACAAGCAAUUUUUAGCAGUACAAUAUUUUGUGACACAAAAAUACUUGAAAAUCUGGAUUCUAAGGGUUCAAAAACAUUUAAGCACUGAGAAAAUCUGAAGUGCUUUACAAUGGACAUUACUAAAAAUCAUUUUUAAUGUAUUUACAGGUAUAAAUUUACAUUUACAUGUCUUCAUGACAUUAAUAUUCUAUAAUAUUUUUGGCAUAAAAGAAAAACGUAUCAUUUUGACCCAUACAAUGUGUGUUUGGUGAUUCAUAUAAAUAUUUGAUGAAUACUUAGUGAUACGGGGCCCCUAAGCAAUUCCAGCCAUAGGGCCCUACAGUCCUAAAAUGCACCUUUUUGUACUUUUAUUGUUUUAAUUUAUUUUAUAUAUCACUCAAUCUCCUUUUCUAAGUUUUAUCUUAAUGCAAUAUCAACAUUGUAAAUUAUUUGUUUUCUUAAAACGCAUUCGCAACUGUACAUAGUAAAUAAAUUGUAAAAAUAUUGUUAUUUAAAACUAAAUCUUGACUGCUGGAUUGCUCCAUAAUUGUGGGGUGAAAGACAAUCUUGUGUAGAUGUAAUAAUUAUAUUAACAUUUUACUGAAUAAACAUCAAUGUUAGAGGUAUAAUUUAUGUUUGGGGGAGGGGCUAGAAAUGUCUUGCUUACUUCACUAAUUGGUUAAAUCCACCCCUGUAUGCAACAUAAGAGUGGUUUUGUGGUCCAGGGCCACAUUUAUGAAAAGAGGGUCACAUGGCCACAUCAUUCAAUAGGAACAAAAACGCAUGACAUAUGAAAACCAAUAGGAACAGGACAUGUGAGUCUAGGACUUUUUUUGAGGGGGCGGGGGUUUCUGAAACAGCUACAAACACCAGUACAGUGAGUGGUGAUUUUGUAUGGGUUUCUUUGUAAGCUGAUGGCCAUUAACACAAAGAAUAAGCAGAAGAAGUAGGACAAAAACAGUGUCAACAAAACAGAAAAACAAUACAAGACUACACUACAGAAUAACAGUUUUAAUAUUUUGUUCUUUUACAUAGUUAUACAGACCUUUAUCAUUAUAUUCAAAUAAUAGUCGUAAUUAAAUCCUGUAACCAGUGUCACACAACACAGUAGAUAAAGCAGAUCCUUAAAGCUGAAAACACUAAAAUAAUGAAAUGUCCAAGCCAGAGUCCUGAACUAAACCUUAAAGCCAUGUCAGCGGUUAUAGCUAAGAAACUUAGUAGUCAAGGAACUGUGGAGGAGACUGAAGAAGAGCAGACUGAGAUCACAGCAGAGCAGCGAGAGGCCACACAUGUGCUGAAAUCCUUCAUUUACAAUGUCCCACUCAUUUUUGACUGCUGCAAUCUUCACAAAUGUUAGAGCUAUUUUAUUUUGUGCUACAAUCAGUUCUGAUAACUGAGCUUUUCACAAAAUAAAAUGUUACAUUUAUUAUUUGAUAUGUUUUGAAUAAUUUCUUAAAACUUAAAAGUGUUUUACAUUGUUUUAUAAUCUUCAUUGUAUAUUAAAUGCAACCUGUUAUUAAAGACACCAGUUGGGUUUUUAUGCAUGUAUAUGUUCAUUCUUCAUAGAUGUUCAAGAAGCACAAGAAAAGGGCAGAAAUGAUUAGACUUCUGCACUUUACCACAAAAGCAUUUCCUGAAGCGCGAGAUGAGACUGCGACAUACGUGUGUCUUUGUUCAUCGUCAUAAGUACCAACUGAAGAAACUCUCGGAGGAAACACAAACGCAUCCCUAUGAGAGCAUCCGCCUACAAGCAGAACCAGAGGAAUUGUUUUGGUGCCGUGACCCGGAUAGGAGUAAGGUUAAGAGGGCAAGCUAGCAAGAUCUUUGCUAUUAAAGACUAGUCAAGAAACUAAGUGCCACGGACAGCAAUGUCAAGUUCAACAUGCUCCAAUUCAACAGUCAAAAGCCAUCAGAAUUGGCUUUUUGUUACCGUGUAUUCGAUGGUCUUCCUAGUUGGACUGACUCUCAACGUCACUGCGCUUGUGAUUUUCUUUCGCAACACAAAAUCACGAUCACAUACAACCAUGUACAUGGUUAACCUAGCGUUUGCUGAUGUUCUUCUGGUUUGCACGCUUCCAGUGCGGAUCUAUUACCAUGCAGGUUUGGGGUGUCUGCACCAGAGGGUCUGCGAUUUUGCCGGCGUCAUACUGCUAAGUAACAUGUAUGGCAGCAUCUUCCUCCUCACCUGCAUUAGCUUCGAUCGCUGCGUAGCAGUCUGUUUUCCGCUGUCUUCUCUGGUCCGCGAGGGCCGCAAGAAAGCAUGGUGCGUAUGUUUGGGAAUAUGGAUCCUAACUCUUGGAGCAAGUUUACCCAUCUACUUAAAACCGAGUAAUCGCAAUAAUUCCAGUAUAGUGCACACAAUGAACAUGACAAUGAAUACGACCCGUCAAUGUUUUGGUGCUUUUCCUACUUACGCAACUCAAGCAGGUGUUCUUGCUUCCACAAUAGUAUUUGGAUUCGGGAUCCCACUAACCGUCAUGAUUAUCAGCUCAUGGGGGCUCAUUCAGGCAUUAAAUAAAAGCACAGCAGCUCAGACCAGUGAACUUGUAGACAGCGGACGAAUUAAAAGGAUGAUAAUAACUAACCUGGCGAUCUUUCUGCUUUGUUUUCUGCCAUAUCAUGUUAUUCUUGUGCUGCUUCAUAUGUUUAACAAUUCCAGUAUGUCAGACUCAAUGUUAACGGUCUAUCGGUACAGCCUCAUGGUUGCUUGCCUGAACGCAAUGCUGGACCCUCUGGCGUACUACUUCGCAACAGAGACAUUCAGAAAAAAAAUGGUCGCUGAAGCUGUACGUAAAAAAUGUCAGAUAAACACUCACAGCUCGGAUGGAAACAAUCGCUCUCGAACCCCACUCACAACAUAAUCGUCACCUUUUGCUACCCGUGUUGCUUUCUGCAUUAUUAGGAAGCAAGCAAGUAGAUCAGAAACGAGAUCAAUCACAUCUGUGACUCAUGUGUAUUGCAACGGAGAAAAAAGGAAACCACAAGAUGUAUGACUUUUCACUAUUCUGGAUUAGUUGUGAGUGUGUGCAAGAAAGCACAGUGUGUGCAAAAGCAAGUGUCAUAUAAACUCCAGUCAGAAGGCAUUGGGCUUGCUCAUAUCUGUAUCUGAGAAAGUAAUCAGCCACUGAAUCAUUCAGCCACUGAUGUGCCCUUGUAAGUAAUUUUGCUUUUACAAAGAACUCUCACUGGAAUGUGCUUGUGACAUCAAACAUGACAUAUAUAACUUUAUAAAACUUUUUUUGGGGUGGGGGUGGGGGGGGGGGUGCUUAAAAGUAUGUUUAAAGAUGAUGGUGAUCUGAAUUGGGUUUGCCAAAUUAAGAAGACAUACAAAAUUUGUCUACAUAGGCUCAUUCUGAAAAUGCACCCCAUAUACAUUUCUGGAGAUCGUGAAUUAUGUGGCCAGAAGUAAGUAUGGCUACAUUUCAUCUUUAAAUUGAAUGAUACAGGGUGGUGUGGUGACAUUCCUUUUCGUGCUUACCAGCUAACCUUUACCUCCAUAUGGACGUCUUUUUCGCUGUUAGAGGUUUGUCCAGUGGCUUGCUACAUAUGUUGGUGGACUUGUGACGUGGAUUGGAGUUGACCGCGCCGAUAGGGUUUGAGUCCAUUGAAGAACAGUUUCAAAUAGCGGGUAAGACAAAAACAAAAGCCAAACAAAUAAACAUGUAAAUAAAAGUGUCAGAACAUGGCUACCACGGGCUCUCUGACGAAAGUAAAGAGCGAGGGGGUGGAUGGUUUCUGUCGCGGACGAGGGCCCCUAAUAAUAUGCAUGGGCCCUUAGAAUUGUCCUAAUACCAACCGCCACCAUCCCCCCUCCCCCCUCCCCCCCUCCCUUUCCCUUUUAGGAAAAUAUUCGGUCAGUCUGUUAAUCGAUAGGUUUACACGAGAACAGAUACGCGAAUGAAACUCACGAAAGAAAUGUGCGAUCUGAAAAAGCAUACACAUCGGCCUCUCGUGGAUUUGCAAAAACAAAAACUUUCAAAAAAACGUAGCUCCUGGGACGCAUUGGGUGCUCUUGAGAAAUGUAUACUGGGGUAUAUAUUCAGAUUGAGCCUGGGUUGGAAUGUGUAGAGUUGAGAUCUACUGGUUUAACUCAUUAUAUUAGCAUAUGAAGAGUUCAGGUGCAAAAACCAUGUCAUUUUCUUCUGAAAUGAACAUUUGCACUUUAAAGGCAAUGAAAAUAACCAACUCUGAACGUCUUAACUCUUCAUUUAUGCAUUUGUAAAGUUUUCAAAUUUUCGUGUUAAUAAAUGAGCAUGUGUGGA